GAAAGAGAGACACACUCUCUCUCGGAGAGAGCGCCAGGCAGGGCAGACCUUCCCCUGCUUCUUUUUCCAAGGCUGCACUUCUUGGAAGUGAAGCGGUUUGGGGUGUAGAGAGGAGAGAGAGUGGACAGGGAGCGGGGCUUUUGUCUGUUGGUCUCCCUGGACUGAAGAGAGGGAGAAUAGAAGCCCAAGACUAUUAAGAUUCUCAAAAUGGUUUAUUACCCAGAUCUCUCUGUCUGGGUCAGUCAAGAGCCAUUUCCAAACAAGGAAAUGGAGGGGAGGCUUCCUAAGGGAAGACUUCCUGUCCCAAAGGAAGUGAACCGCAAGAAGAAUGACAAGACCGUCGCUGCCUCCCUGACUCCACUGGGCAGCCAUGAACUCUGCUACCCGAGAAUCAGUUACCUCCACUCUUUUUAAUCGUAACACCUCCAUUUGUAUUACAUGCAGUGUAUGGGUAUUGAUGAGAUCAUGGUAUCAUAUAUGGGAUUUUUUUUCUGUGUAAAUCAUCCAGUAUAAGAAGAAACUAUGGGACUCUGAGCCUUGCUUUAGAGAACUUACAGUGGACAAAUAGGUAUCAUCAAACCAGUUUUUAAUCAUUCUAACUCAAGUGAAAACGCUCAGAAUUUCACACUGUGAAUCCACGUUUACAACCCUUACAGGUGGGCCUUCAGGCCUGGUUCGCUACAACAAUGUCUUCCACAACUCAAACUCCCACCGUGCUCACAUGACCGGUCCACUCCUGCCUUCUCAUUCACACAGCUCCUGACUGCUUCUCGCAGAGGCUGAGAGUCCCCCCCCCUUUUUUUUUCAUUUAGAUGUAACAAGCCUAGUAGUUUAUGUUCAUCAAUUGUCUGUAUAUCUCUAUAUUUUAUCCAUGUACUCUUUUGAUGUAUAGAAGUAGUUUGAAACUCAUUGUUUCCUUGUGGUAAGUGACCGAGAUGCUGCCACAGGACCUGAGACACUGAUGAAUGGUGCUAUUUUGGACUUUCAACAUGCUCCUUGGCGAGGUAGCUCUGAUGGAGUUAUUUUUUAUUUCUGUGUUCUAAGAAGGUGUUGGUACUCUGUUUCCCUGAAUGUUGUUCUCUAGACUGGAUUGACUUGUUUUCCUUGUGUCUUCAGCGUGGCUUUCUUCCUCAGUGUUGUAGGCUGAGUGAUGCUACCAGAGAGUGUGAGAGACCGUGGUCUCCUUGGCUGGCAGUCAUGGACAUGCAGUCACGGCAGUGGGAGCAAUCACAAAACUGUAAUUUACUUGCCAAAUCUCUUCCUUUUUGGAGCCACGCCUGCCUGACUUAGAGAAAGAAAAGCAAUAAUUUUCCAGGUGUUUCGAGGUGUCUCUUUGGGUUCAUUUUGUUCAAAAGGAUAUUUGAAAAAAAAAAAAAGUACAAAGUCUUUUUUUAAUAAAUGCCCUCUGAAAAAAAUCUGAAACACUGUCAUCUGAAUAGGAAUAUGAAAAUUACACUUUUCUCACAAAUUAAGAUGGAAAAAAAUGUCUUUACAAAAUAAUAAUAAUAAUGAAAAAGGCAGAGCACUCUUUUUGGCGGUUUCAAUAAGCAAAGUGUAGAUGUUACAUUUUUGUCCUUGCUCCCAAAGAAAUGGAUAAACAAAACUAAAAUCAGAUAAUACCAUCUACUCAUGGAAUGUUGUUGUGUUAGCCAGUCUGAAAGCCCACCUUAAUUUUUAUAUAACUGUCUUUUAGCUCUUCCUUUGACAGGGCAGGCCUUGUGCUGAACUGUUCCGCUUCUGACUGUUAAACACUGAUGACGCAUGCGCGGCACCUCUUCGUUCUCUUCUCGCUGCCCCAUUGGCCUGAGUUUCUUGUGCAUUUCCCCCCUCCCUCCUUUGUUAGAAUAGGAAUAUCAGUUGUGUAAAUAGAGCAAGAAAACAGUAUUCUGCAUCUGUGGCAUUUAUGUAGAGUUGCAGCUGUGUACUGCUGGAAAUGCAGGCUUUUGUAACAAUGUGAUCUUUACUGACGCACUCAUGACAAGUACCCAAUGUAUUUUAGCUAUUUUAGUAGUAUUUGUUCAAUAAAUAUGCAAGCUGUAAGGUAA